AUGCCUCGAAAGCUGAGGGCUGCUGCUCAAGCAGCAGCAAAAUCAAUGAGAAAUGCGCCCCAACAUCCUGAUGCCUCUGAUGAUGAGAUGCUAGAUGCGCCUCCAUCAGAGCCAUCAUCUCCUGCCCCAGACUACAACGAUUCCCCUGAGAACGAUCCCGAUGUACAAAUUGAUGCCGAAAGCGAUGCAGAACCCGAGGCCGAACCCGAGGCUGGGUCCGCUGAGCCGGCUGAGGCUGAGCCUGAAGCUGAGCCCGAGUCCAAGGCCGAAACGCCUGCCGAAUCCAAGGGCGAUGAAGCAGUGAGUGUAGCGACACCUGCUGCGGAAGAUACGACUCAGAUUGCGGCCGCAGAGGAUACCCCAACUUUUACUGGUGGCCGUCAAUCUGCCAUUCCCCGCAAGCGUCGCAUUGGUCGCCCACCCAAGAACCGCCCUCCAGACUGGGAUGCGCCAGACGGUGAAACCCCGCUCCGAGUCACCACUCCCGUCAAGCGUCGUAGAGGUCGCCCUGCUGCCAGCGGUGGACGAUGGGCGCGAAACCGGGGCCCAUCUCACCUGACCCAGGUCCCAGUCGACAAGGAGGGAAACAUGAUGGAUGUGAUCAAUGAUGAAGUGGCUGUUCCUCCUGAUCCCAAGGGUGCUACCAAGGUCGAUGAGAAUGGACAUUUGCAGGGUGGACGCGAGUACCGAGUCCGCACGUUCACGAUUCUUAACCGUGAUGACCGCCUGUACAUGCUGUCGACCGAACCUGCACGAUGCAUUGGUUUCCGUGAUUCGUACCUGUUCUUCCAAAAACACAAAAUGCUCUACAAGAUUAUUAUCGAUGAUGAUGCCAAGCGCGACUUGAUCGAACGCGAUCUCAUUCCACAUUCUUACAAGGGUCGAGCCAUUGGUGUGGUCACUGCGCGCUCAGUGUUCCGCGAAUUUGGCUCCAAGAUUGUCGUCGGCGGUAAGAAGGUUAUUGAUGAUUACUACGAGGAUGCUGCCCGUGAACGUGGCGAUGUGGAGGGUGAGCUGGCUGUCCCGGACGACAAGCUGCCUGGCCCUGGAGAAUCGUACAACCGCAACCAGUAUGUCGCUUGGCAUGGUGCCAGUAGUGUAUACCAUACCGGUGCGCCGUCCGUGCCAAUGGCGGGAGGCAAACCCGUGGAUUCCAAGAAGCGUCGGGUUCCUAUUACGGAUGACAAUUGGAUGCUCGAGCACGCCCGUGCAGCGAGCACCUUCAACUCCAAGCUUGCCGAAAUGCGCCGGGGCACCAUGGGAGGCGUGUAUGAUGUUCACACAAACCACAUACAGUAUCCCCAGAUCACGCAGCCCACCCAUGUCCGAUAUGAACGCGUGCCCUCACCCGGGGUCCUCUCCGCAGGAGAACUGAUGUCCGACCUGUCUUCGCUAAGUAUCGGAGGCCAAAAGCAAAUCAAUGAGCGCCCACAAUCCGCCACCGAGGAGCCAUCCUCUACUUCCCCCAAACCCACUUCCAUCUCCGGUGCCGAACAGGAUGCCACCGAACAGCAACCCACAAUCUUCCCCCGCGUCUGCAAAUCCAUCUCCGACCGCUACGUCAUCCAGGACAUCUCCUAUGAAACCCCUCCCUACUCCAAUAUGGGUAUUCCAGGCCCAGACGGAGACAUGCGCACCCUCAACCCGAACGGUGUAACCAGUUUGGCUGGCCCACUGCACCCCGAGUUCAUGAGUCCUGAGAUCAUCGCCAUGCUCCCUGAGGAAUGCAGAGAGGGGCUUUUGGACCAUGCAGCUCGCGAGUUGGAGUGGAAGUCUAGAUGGUCGACUGAAGCCGAGAAUGGGGCGCGAGCCAAGCCAACUAAGAGUUAUGCGUGGUAUCCCUAA